AUGGCUAUACCCCAGCAAGUUGCCUGCAUUUCAAAGAGUCACCCUGGGAAAUGUGAUGAAAGUUCUGAUAUCAGUGUCCAUUUUGGAAUCUCAGAAGAAGAGAAGACAGCUGUGAAAAAUCGGGGGGAGCAUGUCUUGAAAGCCUUGAAGAGGUUGGGCCUUGAUGUCAAAAAGGGCCCUGUGGUUUCUGUGCUGGUCUCUGGUGGGGGCCUGAGGGCUGCCAUAGCCUGCCAAGGUGUCCUUAGUGAACUGAGCCAUGUGGGGCUUCUGGACAUGGUCACAUAUCUUGCAGGAGUCUCUGGCUCCACCUGGUGCAUGUCCUCCCUCUUCACCCAGAGCGAUGGGUGGAAAGACCUGGGGAAGAUGGAAAAUGAGCUCAGGAGGCGGCUGCAGGAGGACUCCUGGAUAUUCUCUGUUGCCCUGGAUCAGCUCUGUGUGGCUGCAGAGAGGGAUGACUAUUCCCUCACUGACUUCUGGUCCUAUUCUGCUGUCUACUACCUUACAAAGGAACUUCUAGGUGGCCGUCUGUCCCAUGCAAGAGAACAGUCUGAGAUGGGGACUGUGCCAUAUCCCAUAUUCGCCAGCAUCAGCAAGGACCUCAACUCCAGUGGAAAGGAGGAGAAUCUGAGUGAGCAUGGUCCUGAUGCCUGGUUUGAAUUCACUCCUGACUGGGCUGGCUACUCCACACCUGGCUACUCAACCCCUGGUGCUUAUGUCUCUACCACUCAGUAUGGGAGCAAGUUUGAGGGAGGGAAGCUCAUACAACAACAACCUGAAAGGGAUUUCUCCUACCUGCGAGCACUAUGGGGCAGUGCUCUGGCUGACAUGCAUAGUAUUCUCAAAACCAUCUGGGAUUUCUUUGGGAAAUUUAUCCAUGGUUCAAGCAUCCAGGAAGAAAUGCUCCUUGCUGAUCCUGAAGGAGUUACCUUGAAAAUCACUGUGAAUCACCUAUUCAACUUGGUUUACACUUUCCUAACAGAGGGAGACUGUCUGCCCACCCUGAAAAAUCUGCAGGUUAUAAUGACAGGGAACAAAUAUUUUUCUGAGGCUAUGACACUGAUCAACCAGAUGAUUGAGAGCUGGGGCCAGACCUCUCGAGAUCAGCAGGAACAGCUCAUUCAGAGCUUGCUGGCAAAAUCCUUGAAUGAAGAUUUGUUGAAACAGAGCAGUGUGCCAUCUUUCCUAAAAUUUUUAUGGAAGACCAUCAACUGUCUUUUAAGAUGGAAGUGGGGAACAACGCAUAACUUUCUGUAUAAGUAUGGAGACAUUGAAGACAAGCUUCUCACAGAAAAGAAAAAUGUGUAUUUGAUGGAUGCUGGCUUCACUAUCAACUCUGCCUAUCCUCUGGUUCUGCCCCCAGUGCGGAACACUGAUAUCAUCCUGUCCUUUGACUUCAGUGCAGGGGAUCCAUUUAAGACGAUCAAGGACACAGAGAAGUACUGCAAAGCCUGCAAUAUCCCCUUCCCUCUGGUGGAUGAUGCUAAGCUCGACCAAGAAGCCAAGGCUCCCUCUGAUUUCUACAUCUUUGAAGGGGAGAAGGCGCCAGUGGUCAUGCACUUCCCACUUUUCAAUAAAGUGAAUUGUGGCAGCGAAGAGGUCAUUAAACAGAGACACAAGACAUACCCGACAUUCCGCGUCACAAACUAUUCCGAUGAUGAGGUGCGUCAACUCCUGGAGGACUCGAAGGCAAAUGUCAGGAACAAUAAGGAUUGUAUCUUCAUGAAGAUCUGUGAACUGGCAGAGCCAACCUCCUAAGAAUCAGCCUCACUAACUUCUCCCCUCACAGAGCACACACAUGCUGGGACUGGCUUCUAUUCUCUGGCAGCAGCUGCCAUUCUUUCUGUCUCUUUGGGAGGGGCAUUCAUUCACCUUUUCAGUUAAAUGCUUCAAGUGGCUGACUUUUGUUUUAAGGGCCCAAUAUUUUGCUUUGUACCCUUCAUGCAACUUGCCCACAUUCUACUUACCCUUUCCCAGACCCAAUAAAAUAUUGCUUUGAC